AGCACAGGCUGAGGUAGCCAGCAGCACUAGUGAAGUUACUAAGUGACUCUAACCAGUGCAAUUUUUCCGUGUUAUCUUUGAAAAAUCUUCGCUUUCUUGGCAUUUCAGAAGAUUGUAACAUCCUGCAGUUCAGUUUCUGAGAGCUUUACUGAUUUUUCUUCCCCCUCAAACAAAACAAAUACCAGCUGCCACAUUUCUGAAGAAGAUCUCCAGAUCUGGACUACUGUGGAAGAAUUAUCAGUGAGGUCAUCCAUAACUUGAGAGAUGGUGAAUGAAUACCAGAAAAUUGUUCUUCUGAAGGGAUUAGAGCCCAUCAGUGGAUAUCAUUUUAGCAUUAUUAAAUCUUUACUGGCCGAUGAUUUACAACUGACUGCGAAAUCUCAAAAUGAAUAUACUAAAAUUGAGAUUGCUAACUUAAUGGCAGAAAAGUACCAGGGACCCGCCUGUGUUGACAAACUAAUACAAUUGUACAAAGACAUAGCAGAACUUAAAAGUGUUGUUAAAAGUCUCAGAAAUGAAAAGUUAAAAGUGGCAGCGAAAGAGAAAAAAAAAGUGGCAACUCUAUUGAAAAGGAAAAAUCAGGAAGCAGCAGGUCCUGACAUACCUGCACCCACUACAAGUAGCAAUCUGCCAUUUAAAAGAGCAAAGAUGACUCCUGUGACUCAGAAAAGAAAAAACACUGGAACAAAAAAGAAUAAGGUGUCCCAGGAGCAGAUUCAGCCUCUCUGUCCUUCAGUAGCCAGCUCAUCUGCAACCAUGGGCAUGCCACCACCUUUCCAGAGCUCAUCAUGGACUCUACCUUCCACAUUCUUAACUAAGGACCAGAUAAAGCAAGGCCAACGUCAGGUAGCUGCCAGAAGAAGUGUUCCUCCAAAGGGCCCAAUGACAGUGAUGGUACUGAAAGCAACAGAGCCAUUCGAAUAUGAGUCCCCAGAAAAGGGAAAAAACACAAUGUUUCAUGCUACUGUGGCUACUGUGAGUCAAUUUUUCCAAGUGAAGGUUUUAAACAUCAACCUAAAAGAGAAAUUCACAAAAAAGAACAUCAUUACCAUAUCAGAUUACUUUGAAGACAAAGGAAUCCUGGAGAUAAAUGAAGCAUCAUCUGUGUCUGAAGCUAGUAUUGAUCAAAAGAUUGAGGUCCCUAACAGCAUUAUCAAAAGAGCAAAUGAAACUCCCAAGAUUGAUAGUCUUUACAAGCAAGCAUCGGGAACAUUUGUGUAUGGGUUGUUUGCGUUACAUCAGAAAAAAGUGCUUAAGAAGAACACAAUCUAUGAAAUACAGGAUAAUACAGGAACGAUGGAUGUAGUGGGAAAUGGAAAAUGGCACAAUAUCAAAUGUGAGGAAGGAGAUAAACUUCGACUCUUCUGCUUUCAACUGAGAAAAAUUGACCAGAAGCUGAAAUUGACAUGUGGAGAUCACAGUUUCAUUCAGGUCAUCAAGACUAAGAAAAGAAAGAAUGAGGAACCUAGAGUGGAGAACCCCCCUCCAAAUCCAUUUUAUGGCUUUGAUAGUGGUAUUGUUAAAGUUGAGACUUACUUUUAAACAAUAGAUUCAGUAGAAAUAGCCCAGCACAUUAAGAGAUUUUUAUAUCUGAGUUAUGGAUUAGGUAACUUUUAUAAAAUUUACUUAUUAUAUUUCUCUGUAUUUUCUAAGAAUAUCACAUUUUGAAUCUAAAAUGUUCAUAAUGUAAAAAAAAUAAAAUUUCCUUUUUUAAAAGCCAUCGCUCUCCAAAAGUGCUGGAUAUG